AUUGCGCACUCACUCUCAUCUCCCUCCAAACCAUUCUUCAUCAUGCCUGAACCUACCGCCACCAUCUCCGUCACAUCUGAGGAUCCCAAGAAGAAGAAAGAGGAGAAGCAAUCAGAAUCAGGCAAGGCGCAAGAAGCUAAGAAGAAAGGAGAUGAGAAGGAGGGCGAGGACCUGUCAGAGGAAGACUUGCAACUCAAGAAUGAGCUUGAGAUGCUCGUUGAGCGGCUGAAGGAGCCCAAUACAGAGCUAUAUCGGCCAGCCCUCGAGACUCUACGGACAUUGAUCAGAACGUCGACAUCGUCCAUGACAUCCGUUCCUAAGCCGUUGAAGUUCCUACGUCCACAUUACCGCGAGCUUCAGUCACUGUACGAGGCAUGGUCGCCGUCAGAGGACAAGAGCUUGUUCGCGGACAUUCUGUCAGUCCUUGCCAUGACCUAUUCUGAUACAGAACCCCGUGGCACGCUGCGCUAUCGCCUGCUUUCUGCUUCACUCCGCCCCGCAUCAUCACCACUGUCAGAGCCAGGGUCUUGGGGACACGAGUACGUCAGACACCUUGCCGCGGAGCUUGGAGAAGAGUACACUGCACGCACACUUGGUGAAGAGGCAGUGGAGGUCACGACGGAGGAGCCAGAGAAAGAGAAGGCAAACGAAGAGCCGGAGAAGAAACCUGCGGAAGUGGUUGGUAGUAUCGACGAUCUGCACGCUCUGGCAAUGGAGUGCGCAACAUUUCUGUUGCAUCACAACGCUGAGCCUGAUGCCGUCGACUUGCUGGAGGAGCUAGAGAUUGUUGAUCGGAUUGUGGAGCUUGUGGACGAGAACACGUACGAGCGGGUGUGCCAGUACAUGAUUCGUUGCGUAAACCUCCUCCCGACUCCAGAUGAUCGUGCAUUCCUGCGUACGACACACAGAAUCUACGUCCAGCAUCAUAAGUUCCCUCAGGCACUCUCACUCUCGAUACGACUUGCCGAUCCGGAUCUCAUCCGACACGACUUCAACGCGCCAGCGAAUCCGCUCAUGAAACGCCAACUUGCUUUUCUGCUCGCACGUGCUCAAAUACCUACUCAAUGGUUGGAACCACAAAGUUCUGAGGAUGAUGUUGACGAUGUGGAGUCUGAGAUGCAAGAAGAUAUUGUGGAGUGUCUCAGCAACACGCAUUUGAGCGAGCACUUCCGCGACUUUGGAAAGGAGCUGGGUGUCCUCGAGCCGAGGAGCCUCGAAGAUGUCUACAAGUCGCAUCUUGAGAACACAAGGACAUCAACAGCGAACGUUGAUUCUGCGCGAGCUAAUCUAGCAGGCACGUUCGUGAACGCAUUCGUAAACGCAGGCUUCGGUAACGACAAACUCAUGGUUGAAGCGGAGGAAGGCAACAGCUGGAUUUACAAGAAUAAGGAUCAUGGCAUGAUGAGCGCUGCCGCAAGUCUUGGUCUCAGCUUGCUCUGGGACCCAGAUGUCGGUCUCAGUCACGUCGACAAGUACACAUACUCCUCGGAAGAGCACAUCAAGGCUGGUGCUCUCUUGGCCACUGGUAUCUUGAACACGGGCGUGCGCACGGAAGCUGACGCUGCUCUUGCUCUUCUUAGCGAGUAUGUCAAGAGCAAGUCUCUGCCGCUGAGAACCAGCGCGACUACCGGCCUUGGUCUCGCGUAUGCUGGUUCGCAUCGCGAGGAUAUCCUGCAGCUGCUCUUGCCAUACAUCGCUGAUGAUAGUGUCUCGAUGGAGAUCGCAUCGCUUUCGGCGCUUGCUUUGGGUUUCAUUUUCGUCGGCAGCGGGAAUGGCGAGAUUGCCAGCACGAUCCUACAGACGCUGAUGGAGCGCGAGGACAAACAGCUGGAGGAGAAGUGGGCGAGAUACAUGAUCCUCGGCCUAGCGCUGCUGUAUCUAGGUCUGCAAGACGGCUCGGACGCAACUGUUGAGACGCUCAAGGCUAUUGAGCACCACAUCUCGAAGCAGGCUGUCAUCCUUGUUGACACUUGUGCGUAUGCUGGUUCGGGCGACGUGCUCAAGAUCCAGGAGAUGUUACAUCAUUGCGACGAGCACGUCGUAAAGCCGUCUAAAGACGACAAGGACAAGGACAAGGAUGCCGCUCCAGAAGAGCCGCCCAAAGAUGAUACAUUCCAGGCGUUCGCAGUCCUUGGUAUUGCUCUUGUAGCCAUGGGCGAGGAGGUUGGCUCAGAGAUGUCCAUGAGAACCUUGAGUCACUUGAUGCAAUAUGGCGAGCCGAUCAUCAGAAAAGCUGUCCCUCUCGCGCUUGGCCUGCUAAGCGCAUCAAAUCCUCAACUACCAGUCAUGGAUACAUUGUCUAAGUACAGUCACGACAAUGACCUAGCAGUCGCACUCAAUGCCAUCUUCGCAAUGGGUCUCAUCGGUGCGGGGACGAAUAAUGCGCGGUUAGCGCAGAUGCUUCGGCAACUGGCGGGCUACUACUACAAGGAGCCCGACUGUUUGUUCAUGGUGCGCAUAGCCCAAGGGCUGGUGCACAUGGGCAAGGGCACUCUCACGAUCAACCCGUACUUCUGUGACCGGAAUAUCAUGAGUAGGACGGCUGUUGCUGGUCUGCUGGCGACGUUGAUUGCAUUCACGGAUGCGAAAGGCUUCAUUCUUGACAAGUAUCAUUGGAUGCUGUAUUUCCUUGCCCCAGCAAUGUAUCCGAGGUUCUUGAUCACGCUCAAUGAAGAGCUGAAGAACUUCCCUGUGACUGUCCGCGUCGGUCAGGCUGUCGAUGUGGUCGGCCAAGCUGGCAAACCAAGAACGAUCUCGGGCUUCCAGACGCAUUCCACACCAGUCCGGUUGGGCACAACAGAACGAGCCGAGCUUGCCACCGAGGAGUACAUUCCGUACGCGCACGUGCUCGAGGGCUUCGUCAUUCUGGAAAAAAAUCCUGGCUAUGAGAAAGAGGAUAAGAUGGAGUUGUAGCUGUAGCUGUUGUACGACUCUAAUUCUUUUCGCUUUCGCAUGGACAUAGAAAUACGAAUGUUAUCAUCAAGUGUUCACUGGUCGGCAGCCU